AUGAUGAACAUGUGUUGCCCCCCUCCCCAGACCACCCUUGUGAAGGUGUACCAACAUCACCCGCGUGAAGGAGUGCCGACGUGGGGAGUCCUGAUCAGAGCCAUCCUGGAGAACUACGAGUUCUGGAUCCUCCUGGUGCUGACAGCCAUCGCUAUCUGUGCUGCUACUUUCAUCACGUACCAUGCCAUAGUAGGUUCGGGUUCGACCAAGCCCAGCCAGCAGAGCAGUCUGUACCUGCACCAGUCUCCCGCCGCAGUGCCACCUCCUCCAUACAGCUCUACUUCUCCUGGUUUACAACACUCCCCCUGGGGGUCGCCGUUCCAGACAACGGACACCUCCCCCCGGAACAGAACGCGACUAUGGAGCACAGACUAUAACCCAACCGAGGGCUCGCCUGUAUUAUACAGCAAAACCUCCUAGCAUCUUAGAAAAAACUUUAAGUAGUAUCUUCUCCUCUCACAAGUUGUACACCACUAAUCCGUGAAUAGUUUCAUCAGGUUGGUAAGAUACUGAGUAAAGAGACUCUUUUACACAACCAAGUCUUUUAUU